AUGGAUGACCCAUUUAUUUCGUGCCCCUAUAACUCUACACAUAGGGUACCUCGCUCGCGCAUUCAAGCUCAUCUUGUCAAAUGCCAAGAAAAGUGCCCAGCGCUCUACAUAUGCCCAUUCAAUGCCACUCAUAGGGGUACAGAGAAUGAAAUUAAGGAGCAUGUCAAGGAUUGCCCAACUCGGCUAGCAAUGUUCCCAGACCAAAGGCCUCCUCAAGUCACUGGUGACUUGACAACUCCAAAGCCUUACAUGCAGGCAGAUUAUUUACCAGAAACAGACCCCAAUCAUGAGGUUUGGGAUGACUAA